AUGUCGGGAGCAUUGAGCAAGCGGCAGCAGGCGCGCAAUGAGCGCACCCUUCAGGAUCUUUUAAAGUCGGUGCCGGGAAACAAUGUCUGCGCAGAUUGCCAGGCAAGGAAUCCAGGAUGGGCCAGUUGGAGUCUAGGAAUAUUUCUGUGCAUGCGAUGCGCCGCCCUGCAUCGUAAAAUGGGUACACACAUAACGAAGGUCAAGUCCCUAAGCAUGGAUUCUUGGUCCAAUGAACAAGUCGAGAACAUGAAGCGUGUCGGCAACGUCGCGUCAAACCGAACAUACAACCCUAAGAACUCCCGGCCUCCUAUCCCAAUCGAUGCCGACGAAGCGGACUCUGCGAUGGAAAGGUUUAUUAGACAGAAGUACCAGGAGACUGUUGUUCAGGCUCCUGUACGGCAUAAUACUGGGAGGAGUACAGGCUCGGAUGAGCCCCCGCCUCUUCCACCGAAGACCGGUGGCAGAUUCGGAUUCAGAUCUGCCUCCUCGAUAUUCCCACUGUCUUCCAAAUCCAAGCAAAAUGCGGCACCAACACAUUUCGAUUCGGCACACCGGCGAUCGCCCUCUCCCCCGAGGAGUAAGCCCUCCCGAGUAUUUGGAGCAUCUAUGGCUCAUGAAGCCCAAGAUGACCUGGACGGGAAACUGUCGACUUUACGCGAUAUGGGAUUCAAGGACGAGCAUAGAAAUGUAGCUGUACUGAAGGGACUUUCAGGUAAUCUAGAGAAAUCUAUCGAAACGCUCGUCCGGCUUGGAGAAGGCAACGGAUCUGGAGGGGGGGCGAAGGCUGGAGACACCUCAGGACCCUCCUCUGGUUCCCGGCCACCAAUAAGACCAACAGCUGGAAUAUCGAUAGGGCGGGCAAGGGAGAAGUCUCCGCCCAGAGCAUCGACUAAUCCAUUUGAUAUGCUCGAUGCGCUGCCUCCACCUCCACCCGCGAAACCACAAGCUUCUCAAGCCGCGGAAUUCAAAGCCCUACCGCAAAGUCCCAUAGCAGGAAACAACCCGUUCCAGCAAGCUUCCAAUUCGAAUCCGUUUGGACUGAUGCCUUCUCAAUCGCAAGUAAACCUGACUCAAACGUUCCAAAACAUGGAUAUUUCCUCUUCACAACCUCUAUUCCCAAAUCACACCGGCGGUUUUCCCGGUCCGAGUCCCCAACAGCCGCAACACCAACAACUCUAUCAACAAUCCAUGACACCUCCUGUCCCUUCUCUACCGCAACAAUACUACCCCCCGAUUAUUUACGAAAACUCCGCACAACAGCAGCAGCAGCAAGUUCAAAGCUCUAACUACAACCCCUUCCUACAGCAGCAGCAGUCGGUCCAGGCACCAACCCUCAACACCAAUUUCCAAAGCAACCCUUUCCUUAAACGAUCACUUCCGGGGACCCCGAGUUAUUACCAAAGCCCCGUAGAGCAAUCGCCGCAGCAGCCAUCCAUGGUUUCAAGUUAUUAUGGUCAGCAAAAUCAACCGCAAACAGGGUCGAAUCCUUUCCUGCAAGGCAACCAGUUUCCACAGCAGCCCCAGCAACAUCAAGGCUAUCAGCAGCAGCAACAACAGCAGUACCAGCAGUUCCCGCAGCAAACCCAUCCCUUGUUGUCUCAACAGACUGCUAGGCCAGAUAAACGCAGUAUUCUUGAUUUAUACAACUUCCCUCAAUUAGCACCAACACCUGUGCAACAACAACAGCAGCAGCAAGAUCCCGGGCAGGCCCAAUACCCACCCAGCAAUCCUGCAGCUGCCGUACCUCAGCAACAAGUGUUAAGUGCUUCGAAUCCACUCGCGGCCCAAAUAGCAGGGAAUAGAAACCCAUUUAUGACAAACGGAGGAGGAGGAGGAGGAGCACAAAGUCCAGGUGCUGAAUCUGGGGGGAAUAUGGCGCCAUUUCCCCCUCCAAACGGAGCUAGACAUAUCAGUCGGGAAAGUGUAAACAUUGACAUUGGUGGUUGGCAAAACGGUCGGCAUAGUCCCGAUGCGUGGGGCACAAUAAGUGCUAGAUCUAUGAGGUAG